GGAAAGCUCGCCAGCAGCGCCAGCAGCUGAUCAGCCGCUUAAGCAAGAAGCAAAAGAAGCAUCUCAAGGAUUUUGGGGAGGAGCACCCUUUUUAUGAUCGGUAAGCGGGGCUGUAAAAUAGCCUGAGAGCUGAGGUUUGCUGAGGGCGCCCACUGCAGCAACUCCUCGAGUCCUCCUUUGUGCCCGGAGAGAGACGUCGCCUGCCUUCCGCCCGCGUCCUUCUCUGUCAACGGAGCGGGCAGGGCUCGGUCCCAUCUUCCGAGCAGCAGGGCGUUGAGCGUCCCGCGUGGACGAGCAGAACCCCCUUCUCUGUCUUCUUGUCUGUGGCUUAAAUGGCGCUUGCUUCCCUCUUGUGUUUAUAUUCCUGCAACUCACGGAAACCGGAAGUCUCUGCCGGUUGUGGCCCCACGAAUGGCUUAGUUCAGGGUUUCUGGGAAAGAAAAACCAACUCAGAAUUGUGAACUGAUAAUGAGGAGGAAGAAGAUGAAUCAGAAGGUAGUUCCCAAGAAGAUACAGAAGUGGACAGUGAUGAACUUGAGGAUGAGAAAGAAAUGGAGGAUGAAGACAAUGAAAUAAAAGUGCCUCACCCAGAAUCAGAAGCAUCCCUGGUGGAAAAUAGCCAAGAGGAGCCUGGAGGUUCGGCUGCGCCUCGUGAUUUACAGUGUGAAGCUGCUGGAGAAUGUACAGAUGUCCAACUUGAAUCUGAGUUUAGUCUGGAAACGAAUUUCAUAGAUGAAGAAUGUGGUGAUCCCAGUACAGAUCCAAAAAAAAGAACUCCUUCUGCAAAAGUAACAAAUGAUCCAUUUAAGUGCCACAUGGAUGAAGAGCUGGAAGAAAAAGAAAUAGAUGAAAAUGUUGUGUGCUCAAAAUUGACUAGCCAAGUUGAGUGGCCAGUGCUGGGUCAAUUACUUUUUUCUUCCAAAUUGGAGAAGUUUGGAAUGAUUAAGCCAAGCAAAGAAGUCGAUCUGAAACAUCUUAAUCUUUGCAAGCCAUUAGAGUCGACGUGGCCAAAAGUGAACGGAUGGUUUCUUUCUGCUCAGACAAAAUUUAAAGACCAGCUGUUUAGUCCAUUACAGCAAGAGCUCUUCUGUGUUAUGAAUUCAUACAAGGAUCUGUUUUACCCAGGAAGGACUGCUUUAAAAAAUGGGGAAGAGGUGCGGCAUGUCUAUUGCCUACACGCCUUGAACCACGUCUUGAAGGCUAAUGCACAGGUGCUUGGCAACAAUGCCAAGCGACGGGACCAAAAAGAUGGAGCGGAUGAGGAUGCUUUCAGGGAUCAAGGUCUCACUAGGCCAAAGGUGUUGAUCGUGGUGCCCUUCCGGGAAUCUGCUUUACGUAUAGUCCAUAUUUUAAUUGCCCUCCUUGAAUCGGCAAGUCAAAAGAAAAUUGAUGUGUGUAAUAAAAAACGGUUUAAGGGGGAGUUUGGUUCAGACCCAGAAGAGAAGCCACCAAAUCUGAAAAGGCCUGAAGAUUAUGAAGCUGUCUUUGCUGGGAACAUUGAUGACCACUUCAGGAUAGGUGUUGCGGUUCUUCAGAAGAGCAUGCGGUUGUAUGCCCCAUUUUACUCCUCGGACAUUAUCAUCGCCUCUCCCCUUGGCCUGAGAACUGUAAUAGGAGCUGAGGGGGAGAACAAGCGAGACUAUGAUUUCCUCUCCUCAAUAGAAAUUCUUAUAAUUGAUGAAGCUGACAUUUACCUGAUGCAGAACUGGGAGCAUGUUUUGCACUUGAUUAACCAUAUUAAUCUAUUACCUUUGGAAUCUCAUGGGGUGGAUUUCUCACGAGUACGAAUGUUCAGUCUGAAUAACUGGUCUAAGUAUUAUCGGCAGACACUUCUCUUCAGUGCCCUCCAUCAUCCUCAGAUCAAUUCUAUCUUCAAUAAGCAUUGCUUCAACUACAGGGGGCAGGUAGCUGUAAGGAAUGUCCCCUUGACAGGGUCAAUUAGUCAUGUUGUAGUACAGCUUCCUCAUGUUUUUCAGAAGCUAGAAGCUGACAGCUCUGUUUCCGUAAUAGAUGCAAGGUUUAACUUUUUCAUUGACAAAGUGUUACCUGAGUACCGGGAUGCAGUCAUGACACACACACUCAUCUAUGUUCCAUCCUAUUUUGAUUAUGUGCGGCUUCGGAAUUACUUCAAGAAGGAGGAACUCAGUUUUGCACACAUUUGUGAAUACUCCAGUAAAUCUGGCAUUUGUAGGGCAAGACAUUUAUUCCUAGGUGGAGAGAAACAAUUUCUAAUUAUCACAGAGCGAUUCCAUUUUUAUAAAAGGUAUUCGAUUAGAGGCAUCAGGAACCUUAUUUUUUAUGAACUGCCAACCUAUCCACAUUUCUAUAGUGAGGUCUGCAAUAUGGUAAAAUUAGCAGGCAUGGAGGAAGAGGCCACCUUGACUUGUACUGCAUUUUACUCCAAAUACGAUGCCCAGAAGUUGGCUGCUGUGGUGGGUGUUGAGCGGGCAGCCCAGAUGCUUCAGUCUUCCAAAAAUGUGCAUCUUUUUGUCACCGGAGGAACAGAGUAAAAUAAACAAUGAACCCAAUUCAAGUGGAUUCCUGAACUAUUUAAUUUAAUUAAAUAGAAUGCAGUAUUUUAGAACAGCUGUUAAGAAAGGAAAUUAUGAACAAGAUUCCUUUCUUUUUAAAGGGCAUAUAAAAAUGUUAUUAAAAAGUGUGAAUUUCUUCUUAAUGUUGUAGUAAUAAUGCCAAUUCAAAAUAUCACCUUUAGAAUUUCAAUUGUGUAGGAUAAUUAGGCAUGUUUUCUCUAAUGCUAAGUCUUAUUUCUAUCUUUAUUUGCACCUGCGGCUAGCAAAGCAUGAGUUAUUUUUGAGUAUCUAAAAACUAUCAGCCUGAUUUCCCUGUGGAUGAAGCUUCUUGAAUUGCAUCCAGAAAGUAGCUGGUAACUGGGGCACCUCCCAAAGAAGACAAGCUGCGUGGGGAUCCCUGGUAGCACCUGUCCCUACUCAGGCCACUGUGUUUCCAUUAUCCGUUGGAUGUCAGCAACGAGAUAGUGGGCGUCCCUGCCUCUUCGGAGUGUAGUUUGUACAUUUGGCAAUUCUCAUUCCAUGUAUUCUUUAAGUUUGGAUUACCAAAUCUUGAGCAUUAUCUUUCUAGCAUGUGAGAUUAGUGCAAUUGUUUGGAAAUCUGAGCUCCUUUAGCAUGGCAUUUUCUUUCAUACUUGAAUAUGCAUUGAUCUUUUCCAGCCACUUGGUCACUGCUGUAUUUUCCUGUUACCAAACCACUGGUAACUCUUUAACUGCAUUAUCUUGCAAGGCUUUAAUUGGUUAGCUGGCAUUUCAUCAACUCCUGCAGCUUUGUUGUUGCAAUAUUUUCUAGGACCCAUUUUGCUUACCAGAAUGCCUGACUCUGUUCCAGUGAGCAAACCUGUAUAAGUGUCAUUCAUUUGGGGGAUUUUGGGGGGAGGAUAUUUUUGGGGGGGGGGGUUUGGUAGAAGUAGUCCUAGGGUUAUGUCCAUUUGCUCAGCAACUGUUUGAAGUUACAGUGGUGUUGGGACUUAUGACUGGUCCUCAAAAUUGGCUGUUGCAGUGCCUCCACGGUCACGUGAUGAAAUUACGACUGCCCCCCCCACGGCACUCGCCCACACUCCGUAGCGCCCGCCCACAGUACUCCCCCCUCCCAUAGCUCUCACCUGUAGCUCUUGCCCUCCAGCCUGCUUACCUGGGACUCCUGCCUCUUCCCGCUUAACAAGCUGCACAGUCCUGGGGUUAUGAGAGC